AGUAUCGAAGUGCGAAGUAUUUAUUUGGUAGUCGUAGACUAUGAAUUCCGAUCAUAAACCUAAGUGAAUAACAUAUUAAAAUUCGGGCAAGAAGUGCAUUAAUGUCUUUUGAUGGAAGGUUUUAAUCCAUUAUUUAUUUUUAACUAACAUCUUCCUUCCACUCGGUCAAAACACGUCCGUUUCACGACGAAAACAUUUCUUUGGUUGAACAGGGAUUUUUUGCCGAAGAUACAAGAUGUCACUUUGGGCCAAAACUCAGUCUCUUCCUGAAACUGCCUUGCGCCAGAUUAAGGCGUUGUACGGUGAACACUUUCCCAUUGAAGUCCGGCAUUUUCUCGCUGCAUGGAUUGAAGAAAAGAUGGCUGAAAUCAACCCAGACAACUAUCAGCAUGAGCAGUACGCUAUGAAUCUAUUCUCCGCUUUCAUACAAGAACUGGAGACGAAAGCAAGCACAUUUGUCAGCGAAGAGCUGUUCUUGGCAAAAAUGAAACUUAAUGAAGCUUCCAGAAAUUUUAGACAAAGGUACAGCCACAACCCGAUAGCACUGUUCAAAGUGAUGAGACAUUGUUUAGACACAGAACUGAGACUUCUCCACGAGGGUGAAGUGAUGGGUCUGGGCAUGAUGCAGACAUGUCUGGUGACGGACACGGCCAUGCAGAUAAUGCAGGAGUUGGAACGGUUCCGCAGUCUCACACAAGUAACCUGCGAAGAGCUGCGCAAGCUGGAACAGGAACAAGAGUCGUUUGCGUUGCAGUUUCACGAGUGCAAUAAACUCAACACUCACUUGAGCCAGAUGCAAACGCCAACAACUCCCCAGGCUGCUGAAAUGGAGAAGAGACUUCGCAAACAGAAAGAGAUGUUUGAUGUGAUGCUCAACCAAAAGGUGGCAGUACUGAUGAACAUGCAGCUGGCCUUGGCAGACAAGUUGAAGGAUACUGUCACACAGUUGGCAGUACUGCAGUCGCGGAUACUGGACGACGAACUGAUCCGAUGGAAGAGGGAACAGCAGCUGGCCGGCAACGGGGCAAAGUUCAACAGCAACCUGGACUCCAUACAGGAGUGGUGCGAGGGCCUUGCUGAGAUAAUCUGGACCAACAGACAACAGAUCAAAGAGGCUGAGAGACUCAAACAGAAGUUGGGCUUGAGCCCUCCCGGAGCUCCGGACAUUCUGCCCAAUUUGAGCAUCCAAAUAACUCAGCUGCUGUCCUCACUGGUUACAAGCACGUUCAUCAUAGAAAAACAGCCACCACAAGUGAUGAAAACCAACACUAGGUUCACGUCUACUGUACGACUGCUGGUGGGGGGACGACUCAACGUGCACAUGACUCCUCCACAGGUCAAAGUUACCAUAAAUAGUGAAGCUCAAGCGAACGCUUUAUUGAAAAACGACAAAAUUGGAAAGGGAGAAGCCAGUGGUGAAAUCCUCAACAACACUGGUACGAUGGAGUAUCACCAGGGCACUCGUCAAUUAUCCGUCAGCUUCAGAAACAUGCAACUGAAGAAGAUUAAGAGGGCAGAGAAGAAAGGGACCGAGUCAGUCAUGGAUGAAAAGUUCUCGUUGCUUUUCUCAUCACAGUUUUCCAUCGGCGGUGGUGAAUUGGUGUUUCAGGUAUGGACUCUAUCUCUACCCGUUGUGGUGAUUGUCCACGGCAACCAGGAGCCUCAUGCCUGGGCCACAGUCACUUGGGACAACGCCUUCUCAGAGCCAGGCCGAGUGCCGUUCGCAGUGCCGGAGAAGGUGCCGUGGCAACAGGUGGCGGAGGCGCUGAACAUGAAGUUCAUGGCGGCCACCGGGCGAUCACUUUCUGAAGACAACCUCCGAUUCCUUGCAGAGAAAGCAUUCAGGACCAAUCAGCUGUCCGGAGAUAUCAACAACCUUCCUCUCAGCUGGUCCCAGUUUUGCAAAGAACCUCUGCAAGACAGGAACUUUACGUUUUGGGAAUGGUUCUACGCAGUGAUGAAACUCACCAGAGAACAUUUGAAGGGACCUUGGAUGGACGGAUUGAUCCAUGGAUUCAUUCGCAAGAAGCAGGCAGAAGAGAUGUUGUCCACAUGUGGAAGUGGAACAUUUCUGUUAAGAUUCUCCGAUUCUGAACCUGGUGGAGUAACCAUCGCAUGGGUGGGAGGAGACUCCUCGGAGGUGUUUAUGCUGCAGCCGUUCACCAGCAAGGACUUCACCAUCCGUUCUCUGGCAGACAGGAUCUCGGAUUUGCCAAACCUCGUCAACUUGUACCCAGACAUCUGCAAGGUUACAGCCUUCCAAAAAUACUACACACCAUUCACAGACAACCAGCCGACGUCCAACAACGGUUACGUCAAGCCGCUACUAGUGACGCACAUCCCUGGCAUUGCUGGACAGAUGGGCUCCUCCGCUGGGCUCAGUUACCCCAACACCCCACAGACAAUGUUCCAGCCGCAGAGCCCCGAUGCUGGCUCCGUCAUGUCUGAAUCGGGGGUGCCCAGUUACGCUGGCGGUUGGAACGAGGACAAUGAAUUCAGCAGCAUUAUUGAGGAUUUUAAUUACGACCAAUUCACUUACGAGUUUGGUCCGUUCAAGACUGAGAACAGCAUGUCAUAAGGCCAGUCGGAAGAGUCUAAUCGAAUUUCUAUCAACCCUACUGUGAUUGAUCUUCUUGUGAAACUUCUGGAUUGUUUUACCACGAGAAAACCUUUUGAUUUGAAUUUGACGCUGUAGAAAACUGCAAGCGUGUGAAAAUGGGAAGUUUGUAUAGAGCGCCGAGUUGUAGAAUCAAUGUGAUGGCUAUGGUAGUCGUGUAAUCUAGAGUGGUAUAUUUUAAAAGUUUAAGUAGUUUUAAAUUUUAUUCUAUCAGAUAGUUCAAUGAAGAAAAAUUGAAGUUACGUUAUUUAUUUUACUGUUAUUGCUUAUUGUUGUACGGGUUACAACUUUUUUAAAAUUUGUUUGUCAAACAAAUUUGAUUUGACAAAAAGAAUUUUUGGUAGAAAUUUUAUUUAGGUUGGUAGAAUUGUAGUGCAAAAUAGCCUAGAUCAUAGAAUUUUAAAAUGUUGCGACAAAAGUUAUGGUACAAGAUGUGUCCUUCAUAAAAGUUCAAACUAUGAUUAUAAGUUUUAAAUUUUUGGUUUAUGAUAUUAAUCAAAAUCAACUUAACAUUUUCUAUACGCUAGAAAACAUACAUAUUUUAUUGUUGUUUAAAUCUAAUAGUACUUUUAAUAACUGUUCUCAAUUUUAUGUGCCUUCCUAGCUAUAUUUUAUUUUAAGCUUGAAUAAAGGUGUAUGGUAGUGCAUUGUGAUUGUUAUGUAGGUACAAAGUAAACUUAUUAAAUGGCAUGAUGUAAAUGGUCUGUAAAUAUAGGUAGGGUUUAUUGUCAACGUUCGGCUGUUGCUUAAAAAACAAUCAACGAGUGAUUUGUGAUUUUUCAUUAGCCUGUAUUUGUUAAGUAUAGUUUCAAUGUAUCAACUAGGCUAGGUUUCAUCAUAUAAAAAUAGAGAUGUGAAAUGAUUUGUUAUGAAUGCAGAAGUAAUAAAUACAGUAGGCCUACACUUUGGGUUAGAAGUCUAAUACAUGUA